AUGACUCGGUUCGCGGCGUGCGUCCUUGCAGCCGUGCUUUUUGCAGCGGGGCCCUCCUCAGCACUUCCAACUCCCAUAGGAGAUCCUUUCCGCCGCCUGGGUGAGAUGGAGACUUACCAAACAGGCGGAGAGGGCCCCUCCCCCAACCCCACCCCCAGUCCUCCAGCUGAGGGCAGCUCCUCCAGCACCUCCACUGCAGCACCUGAUACAGCCCAACAAUGGUUCGAGGGAUUUAACAGGGCGGUGCAGAAGCAGUUGCAGCUGCAGGAGAGCCUCAUGCGGCAGUUGAUGGAGGAUAUUCAACAGUACCUCAGCGAAGCACUUGGCUGGAACGAGAACGGGUCCUCUGCUUUAGAAAGGGUGAAUGCGAUGCUAGAGAUGAUCAGCAGCCGCAUGGCUAUCACUCGUGAGGCAGCAACAGAGAUGGCAAUUGGUUCAUCAGAGACAGAGGAGCAGGCUGCAAGGGAAGCCACUCAAAAGUUCAUGAGGGAAGUGAGAGUGCAAGAUAUCGUCGUGGACGCCCUAUGGGCUUCUCUCCGGGCUGUACAGACAUCCACCUGGAUGAGCGGCAUCACAGGACAAGUGGAGGAGAGCGAUGUAUUCAAUGCAGCGAAUCGGGCAGCAGAGGAGUUCUUAGUUCGGAUGUACCACAAUCUCAGAGCUGCAGGCAUAGCGGAAGAAGAUAUCGUGAAGUACGUACCUAAAAAUGCUAUUGAAGAAACGACAAGCAGCCCCACACGCAACAUGGGCAGAAAAAGCAGAGGCUACUAUCACUACAACUACGGCUAUAACUACGGUUAUCGAUAUCCCCACUACAGCUACUACUACACACACCCGCAGCCUUUCUACAGCUAUCCUGUAGCGGCGUAUCCUAGAUACAUGCACAACUACAGCUGGGGCUACCCUGUGUACACCCCUUCCGACUGGGGUAGUGCUCCAUGCUUUAGCAGCAGCUGCAACGACUGCGGCAGGGGCCCCCAACCCGAGCCCCUAGUACAUGAACAUGAGAUGUUUCACCGUGCUUUAGGCGAGGAAGACCCCACGAUGAUGGGGGCACAUGGGGCCCCAAACCCUUAUGUCUACGGCACGCCGAUGAUGCAAGAUGCCUACGGCACCGGCCCUGCUAUGAGUGCGCAAGGCUACAACAACGGCUACCCAAACUACGGUUACUACCCAUCUUCUAUGAACCCACGUUUUAACGCCGCCACUACCGCUGCUACAGGAAACAUGAACUACUCACAACAAAGCCCUGCCGCACCCAUGGGGCGCAUGGGCUCCCUCGGCUCUCCUUAUGGAUAUACUGUCACCCCAAACAGCAGAUACCGACCAUCAACUUUUCCAGUGCGCAACCUUGGCAUGUGGGAGGGUCCUGAGCCCAUGAUGGAGUUCAUGCCUUUUGGAGCCGUCGAACCGUGA